AAUACUACUGACCUUUUUCAAAAUAGCUAACAUCUUUACUUCCUGGAUUAAUCGUUUGUUCGUCUAUUCUACUACUGAUAGAAACUAAUAAACAAAAAUAAAUUAAUUCUACUGUCGCUUCCUACACACCAACUCUUUCUUGACUAGUGACUACCAUGAAGUAGAAGAGGGUAUCACCUGUACAUUUAGUGCCAAUAAUAGUCUUAUUAAGUAAAAUUCUUUACAAUAUUGCCCAACCAUGGCUCAAAUACAGUCUGCAAACCUAGACGGGUUGCCAAAAGGCUUUGUCUCUGCAAUGAGAACCUUAUUUGACAUAAUGGACGAUGAGCGUAGUGGAUUUGUUAAAUUUGCUGAUAUUCAAGAGAGGUGGCAAGACGACGGUACGCAGGGCUUGCCCAAAGGGGUAUUAGAAAGCCUGAAGAAAGUUACACCAGUCAAUGGUCUUCUAUCUUUUGAACGGUUUUGCACUGGCCUUAAAAUUUGUUUGCUACAAAUUAAAUCUGAAGCAGAAGCUAACAAGUUAGAAGUACCACAAAACAGACCACCAUCCGCUCCUGUCUUAAUUGUCGAUGGGCAAAACAAAGUACCUUGGACUUCUCCAAACACGGCCACAAUUCAUCCCAAUAAUGCGAUCGCUCAGCAGCGAACCCUUAGUAUGCCACAACUUCUGGGAGGUCGUAAAGAAAGUAAUGUUGCACUGGAAGCAGUUGAUAACAGAACUGUACCGGAACCAAAAAUAACAAAGCCAUACGGACCACCAAAACCUCCAAGAACCGGAGCUGGAUUAGAAGGAAGAGCCUCGUUGGGUGUGAAUUUUGAAAGAAACAUUGACAAAUCUGAGAUUCGAACUGCAUUGCAAAAUUGGCAGAUGGGUUUGAUGAUGGGGGACGAAAAGUCACUUGAAAAGAGACAAGUCAGUGCAAUGAAUUAUCAAGCGGAUCCGAGAAGUCUUGUAAGAACAGCGCGAGUUUUGGGUGAUGGGAAAGCUGUAGAUACACAAAAUAAUCAGAUCAAUGUUCAACAGAAAAAAUCAUUGGGGCGGCGCCGUGAGCCUAGACGACAUACGUUGCAGAACGGUAUUGAUUAUAAUAUGAUGAAACGGAUGAAACAGAUCGAACAAGAAAAAGAUGUGCUGCUGCAGGGUCUGACUGCUGUUGACAAAACUCGUGAAUGGUACCUCAAACAGAUUUCUGCAACUCAAGAAAAAAUUAAACACGUGGGUCGCGUGGGUUCACAUGUGGAACAAUGGACUGAAGCUCAGCAGGAAAGGUUGGAACUGCAACGAGCAAGAGUACUCGAAGUUAACCGGCAUCUCGCGGCAUUAAUAAGUAGCUGGGAACGUGGUGGCUUACCACUACAUAUGAAUUUAGCUGUAAUCAGUCAUCCUACUACGGCACAAUUGCAUCAAGAUAUAGUAUCCCGACUUAAACAACAAAACCACAGAUUAACGGAGGAAGUAAAUAAGAAAAGUCAACGUAUCGCCAUAUUAGAACAAGAAAAAGACAAUUUGAUGCGUGAAGUUUAUAAUCGGCAGUCGGGAAUGAGUCAACCUCGAAGAUCGACUAUGAUCCAUGAGCCACAUGAUCAGACAUUCAUGUAAGCAUUUAGUGACUACUUUCACGAUCUGAUUUCCUGAACCAAGCACUUAUCGUUUCAAAAAGAUAAUAUUCCGUCCAGAAAAGGAAACUUCCUGAGCCGAAGCCAAUUUUCAUAUUAUAAAGAUACAUGGGGUAUUUAUUGUAAUAAGUCUAUUUGUACAAUAGAUUAAAAAGUCGAUAAAGUUGAUAAUUAUUACUGAUUCACAGGUACGGUGAUUUACCUUUGUAAAACACUAAUUUAUGACUGUGAAAAUUGUUGUAAAAUUAAUUGUUUUGCAACAAUAUCUAUUGAGUAAUUUAUAAAUAAAAGUUUUUUAGCAUAGUUUCAUUUAAUUAGUUAUUAUAACGAGACUUUCAUUAUUUCUCAUCUUAUUGAUAGAACGUAAUUAUUUUUGUAACAUUUAUAUACUACAGAAAUGUACAUAAAUGGUAGUACACACA